CAAGUUCUACAUAAACUAUUUCAACGUAAGCCGUCAGAGUCUCCUGAGUCUUCUGUGUCCAGUGUCCAGUUUGUUGCUGAAUUCCAUCACAAAUUGGCGUCACGAACGAGAAUCUUAACGACAAAGACUGUCUCUUUUUCUCCCAGGUGGAAAGGUCCAUUCCAGGUGUUACUGGUCACUCGAACUGCUCUUAAGGUCGAGGGCAGGGCAGAAUGGGUGCACGCAUCCCGGUGCCGGUUGGCACCUCCAGAACAGGGGGCUCGAUCCUCUGGGGAGGGCUGACGUUCCUCCUCCUCCUCGUGGUGGUGAAUCCUGACCGAGGGUUAGAGCAGAGCGGGAGUGGCGAUCCUGACCAGGAGGUCAGGGAGAGAGGCACAGAUUUGCCUCACAAAGAAUACGAGGGACCUCGUAUUCAGUUCCAGGAGCAUGAUGCUGACAGACAGCAGCCCCAUGCACAGUUUAAAGAGAGUGGUGCUGAAGGAAAGCAGCCCCACAAGUGUGUGUCUUUGAGAGAAAGAAAAGGUGUGAGCCACAGAGAGAAGGAAGCUGCAGUGGCUAUUCCUAAAUCCACAACUAAUGUAAGACGCACCUUUCUGACACACAGUUUGAAGAUGAGACAAAAAAGAAUGAAAAAACAUGACUAUGUGAAAGACGAAGGGAGACAGCCUAACGAGAAUAACAAGGAAGAGACCAGUCACUCUGUUUCUGUUCCACCUGUUUCUGUUCCACCUGUUUCUGUUCCACCUCUCUACAGAGCCAAACGAGAGGUGAACCCAGUCUUUGUCCGGUGUCCGUCCCGCAGGUGUGGACUGAAUGAUUGCCUACUUGCAUACCGUAAAAACGACGCAAAGGGGAGGCGAACGUGGGGAGUUCUGGACCCGAAACAAACAGUUGUGAGGCCAGCCUCCUUUGACUACAUGAUUGUGAGUUAUACACCUAUUCUUCCGUUGAAGGAGACCCCAGACCUGUGGUGUUUCACAGUGCAGCAGCUGAGCGAGGAUCCUGACUGCGCACAAUGGAGGGUAAAUUAUAGACUGUUUCCUAAACUGGGCACUGACUGUAUUGUUCAGGAGGACGAAGAUGACUGGGCUGUCGUAGAGCAGGCACGUACUACAAUCUACUAUGAGGCUGUAAAGCCUGUUGGAGGGACCUCUUUCCGUCCGGAUGAAAGAAAUUCAGCUGCCUUCCUGAUGGUGGAUUAUGCACGAGAGCGUAAUCUGAGUAAAUGUUGGUUGUGUCAAAACAUGCCUAAAUCUAUGCAUUCUCCAAUGUUUACCCCUGUUCCUUUUUCCAAAGCAGAUUAUGUAAUGGUUGAUUGGAAUGGUCUAGGUUCUAGAAUGGAAGCAGGUACAGAUGAAUGUUACACACCUGCUUACCCCAAAGGGAAUCCUGAGUUCCCCAGGUACACUGAUCUGGCUCUAGAUACAGUCGCAGAGGUAAAUUCUAACUAUUUGCCUAUAGGUGUAAAUUAUGUAAACUUGUUGCGCAUAAAUUCGGUACAACCCUUCGUGAUGUUGACUCUUCAAUAUAAAUUGCAUUUAACCUUGGCACAGACUAACUGUACCAAGUCUGAAAGAGAUCUUGUAUGUGUCCCACAGCCUUACACUUCUUCAUUAUUGGUGGAGGCUUUGAUUGAAAUUCAGCCGUGGUUUGGCACACGGUCGUUUAAUAUGGUUAAAGUUUCCAUGCACAAUUGUUCUGUUAUGAUUACUGAUGAGAAAACGCCUCCACGAGACUGUUCUGACUAUAUUCCACCCGUUUAUACUUAUGAGCUGCAGAAUGUUUCUCUAUGCUUUAGAGGGGUGGGUUACUCUAACGAGCCAAAUUUGGGUGAGGGUUCUUGUACUUCAGUGGUAAAUGUUAGCCUUAAACAACAGCCUCUCCCAGAAAGAGUAUAUCUCAUUUGUGGUAACAAAGCUUAUAGGUGCAUGCCAUACGCUAGGCUGAGGGGAGUGUGCUAUUUAGCUUAUUUAGUCCCUAUGAUUCGAGAGGUGGACUCACAGGAACUUGCAGUCCUGCAUUCCCCUCCCCUGAGACAGAGAAGAGAGCUCUCAGGGUUCCAAAAGGUUGCCAGUGUCUUUCUGCCAUCUUAUGGUGUUUAUGUGUCCCAACAAGAAAUCGUAGCUUUGUCUAAAGUCUUAGAGCAUCAUUUAAAUGUUUCAAGUAGGGCCCUUAUGGCUGUAAACAAGGAGCUGCAGGAGGUAAAGACUGUGGCUCUGGAAAAUCGUGUGGCCCUGGACUUACUCCUGGCAGCCCAGGGAGGAACUUGUAAGGUGAUUGGCACUGAGUGUUGUUCCUAUAUAUCUGAUGCCACCACUGAUGUUAUGAAUAUGGUACAUGACACUGCCCAGGGGUUAAAAGAACUACAUGACAUUCAUGGUUUUGAUUUUGGUAAUUUUACAGGAUUAUUCGGCUCCUGGGGCGCUGGUGUAGUCAAAUUCUUAGCCACUAUUGUAAUCACUCUGCUAACAAUUCUGAUUUUAGGUUCUUGUCUGGUUGCAGCAGUCAAAGCAAUUUUUCGACGAGCUAUCAGCCCAAUCAGCCAGGCCCCACAGAUAGUAGUAGAUGAGGACAGUGUCUCUCUAGGAGUCAUAGUAAAAGCUUAUGAGGAGUGGGUUCCCCCAGGGUUCCCUGCUGAGGAGGAUGAUGAUUUGUCUCUGUAUGAAUAAAGGACUGAAGGUGAUGAACAGGGGGGAUCCCAUGGCCUAGAUAAAGGGUCAGAAUUCUGGAAGUAUGCUUUGCAUACAGGGUUGAGAUAAUAAUCAAGGUGAUCAGUGAUGUUGAUUCUGUGUUAUGAUUUUCUGGGUUGAAAUGAUUUAUUUGAAGUGGUUUAAACUGAUUAUUAAAUAACAAUGAUUUAAGGGUUUUACAGUUUUGGUAAUGGGUUUGAAUUUAGAGUAUGUAUCCAGCACUCCAUGGAAAGUAUAGAAGAUUAAUAAGUGUUAUA